AUGUCGGAGUCUACACUGAAAGGAUCUGGACAACAGCACGAUGAUCAUGCUUCCAAAGAUGGGCCACACCAGCCAAUCCACGACACGGCGCAAUAUGAGCCCAUGUGGUCGGAGGCGGAGCGGGAGCAUUUACAGCGUAUAGCAACCAACGAGUCGGCGCGAUCAGCUGGCAGCCAACCAGCUGGGUACAAGCGACCGGAAAUCGAUCCGGCCAGCGAUAAAUUCGAUCUCAGCGAGUGGAUGAGAUUCAAAGUCGAGCAGUUCUCAACCGGGGCCAUCAAACGAAGACACACGGGUGUCAUCUUCAAGGAUCUGUCCGUCCAUGGAUCCGCGGCCGAGAUCAAGCUCCAGAAAUCCGUGGGCUCGAUUCUAACCACGCCGUUGCACCUCAAGCAAAUGGUCCACGGUCGGAAACGGCAUAAGGCCAUCCUGCAGAACUUCGAUGGCAUCCUCAAGCGCGGCGAGAUGCUGAUUGUCCUAGGCCGGCCUGGAUCGGGGUGUUCGACGUUUCUCAAGUCCAUGGCGGCCAACUACGACGGACUCAGUGUGGGAGAAGGAAGCUGUGUCAGCUACGACGGGAUCCCGCAGAAGAUGAUGAAGCAGCAAUUCAGAGGCGAUAUCUUGUACAACGGCGAAACCGAGAAGCACUUCCCACAAUUGACGGUAGGCCAGACACUCACGUUUGCAGCGGCCGCAAGGGCUCCGCGGAGUCGUGAGCCGGGCAUGUCGCGCAAGGACUACAUCAACCAGGUCCGGGAUGUGGUGUUGGCCGUGUUCGGACUGUCCCAUGCCGUGCACACCAAAGUCGGCGACGACUACAUCCGGGGCGUCAGUGGAGGCGAGAGGAAGCGGGUGUCGAUUGCGGAAAUGGCUUUGGCCGGCUCGCCUCUAUGUUGUUGGGACAAUGCCACGCGAGGGCUCGACUCGGCGUCGGCAUUCGAAUUCGUCAAGGCCCUGGAGCUGAGCUCGCGCAUCUUCGGCACGACGCAUCUCGUGGCCGCAUACCAGGCCUCUCAAGCUAUGUACGACCGGUUCGACAAGGUCAUUCUCCUCUACGAGGGCCGCGAGAUCUUCUUCGGCUCCACCUCGCACGCGAAGCAGUUCUUCGAGCAGAUGGGAUGGAAGUGUCCAUCACGAAAAAGCACCGGUGAUUUUCUGACCGGGUUGACGAGUCCUCGGGAGAGAGAAGCCAAGGAGGGCUUCGAAGAUCGGGUGCCCAGGACAGCCGAAGAGUUUGAGAGAUACUGGAGAGCGAGCCCCGAGUUUCGCGCUCUUCAGGCCGAGAUUGCCGCCAACCUGGAGAAGUUCGACCGGGAGGGCACGACGGCGGAGGAAUUCAUCGAGAGUAAACGGCAACGGCAGGCGAAACACACGCGGCCCAAGUCACCCUACACGAUCAACAACAGGAUGCAGGUCAUGCUGUGCACGAAGCGGGCAUAUCAGCGCAUCUGGAACGACAUAGCAUCGACGGCGACCACUAUCGGAGGCAAUACCGUCAUGGCACUGAUCAUCGCGUCUUUAUUCUACGGCACUCCCUUCGGCACACAGGCAUUCUUCUCCAAAAGCUCGUUACUGUUCUUCACCGUCCUGCUCAACUCUUUGCUCACCGUCACCGAGAUCAACGCGCUUUACGCCCAACGACCAAUUGUCGAGAAGCACGCUUCAUACGCAUUCUACCAUCCCUUCGCAGAGGCUCUGGCGGGCGUGGUGUCGGACCUCACGAUCAAGAUCGCGGCCAGUAUCGUCUUCAACACCAUCAUCUAUUUCCUCGGCGGGCUGCGGUACGAGCCAGGCCCGUUCUUCAUCUUCUUCAUCGUCAAUUUCGCCGCGCUGCUCUCCAUGAGUAGUAUCUUCCGGACCGUGGCGGCCGCGUCCAAGACCAUCGCCCAAGCCCUCGCGGCGGCAGGCGUCAUUCUGCUCGCUGUGGUCAUCUACACCGGCUUCGUCAUCCCACGGCCCAACAUGCAUCCCUGGUUCAAAUGGCUGACCUGGAUCGACCCGUUAGCCUACGCGUUCGAGGCGUUGAUGGUCAACGAGUUCCAUGGCCGGAAUUUCCCCUGUUCGGACGUGAUCCCGGCGUACCCGGGCUUCACGAGCGGCACCAGCGAGUUAUUUGUGUGUGGCGAGAAAGGCGCCAUCCCCGGCCAACUGUAUGUGAACGGCGACCGAUAUUUGGAUGCGAGUUUCGGAUAUCGACAUUCCCAUCUGUGGCGGAACUUCGGCAUCCUGUUGGCCUUCCUCUUCUUUUUCCUGGUGCUUUACCUGACCGUGACGGAGUUGAACUCGCAUUCCACGUCGACCGCCGAGACGUUGGUCUUCCGACCGGGCCAUGUUCCCAAAUCCAUCCAGCAGGGCAUGUCAGAAAAGGAGUCCAAGACGGUCGUGGAAGAACCGAGUCCGAGUCAGGACCAGCAGGACGAAGAGCUCGACGCCCUGCCCAAGCAAGGCGACGUGUUCAUGUGGCGCAACGUCUGCUACGACAUCAAGUAUCGCAACGAUCAGAAACGGCUGCUGGAUCGCGUCAGCGGCUGGGUCAAACCAGGCACGCUGACGGCUCUGAUGGGCGUGUCUGGCGCCGGCAAGACCACUCUCCUGAAUGUCCUGGCUCAACGAGUCUCGGUCGGCGUGGUUACCGGAGACAUGUUGGUGAACGGUAACCCUUUGAACGCCAGUUUCCCACGCAGGACAGGGUACGUGCAGCAGCAGGAUCUCCAUCUGCACACGUCGACUGUGCGCGAGGCUUUGCGCUUCUCUGCCCUGUUGCGUCAGCCGAAAUCCACGUCCGUGGAGGAGAAGUAUGCCUACGUCGAGAAGGUGAUUCGAAUGCUCAACAUGACCGAUUUCGCCGACGCAGUGAUCGGCGUGCCAGGAGAAGGACUGAACGUGGAACAGAGGAAGCUGCUGACCAUCGGCGUCGAGCUGGCGGCUAAGCCUACACUGCUUCUGUUCUUGGACGAGCCGACGUCCGGCCUCGACAGCCAGUCCAGCUGGUCGAUCGUGUCUUUUCUGCGCAAGCUGGCGGACAACGGUCAAGCGGUGCUGUCGACGAUCCAUCAGCCGUCAGGCACGCUGUUCGAGGAAUUCGACCGCCUUUUGUUCCUCGCCCAGGGAGGUCGAACCGUCUACUUCGGCGACAUCGGCCAAGAUUCGUCGCUCUUGCUCGACUACUUCCACCGAAACGGCGCACGCAAAUGCGGCGACACCGAGAACCCGGCCGAAUAUAUCCUCGAGCUAGCCGGUGCCGGCUCGAACGAGUCCAAAGUGGACUGGCCGGCCAUCUGGCGUGAGAGCAACGAAGCCGCCGCCCUCAACGCCGAACUGGACGGUCUCCAGCGUCGCCUGCAGGAGAAACACGCCCAGGACGUCGACGCGCCAGGAGACCACGCCGAAUUCGCCAUGCCGCUGUGGGAUCAGCUGGUGGCGGUCUCGAUCCGCGUGUUCCAGCAGUACUGGCGCACCCCGACGUACAUUGGUGGUAAAUAUACCUUGGGCAUUGCCGCUGCACUCUUCAUCGGCUUCUCAUUCUACAUCCCCGGGCGAUCGAUCCAAGCGAUCCAAUCGAUGAUCUUCGCGGUAUUCAUGAUGACAGCCAUCUUCGUGGCGCUAGUACAGCAGAUCAUGCCUCAAUUCAUCUUCCAGCGCGACCUGUACGAAGUGCGCGAGCGGCCGUCCCGCACGUACCACUGGGCGGCGUUCAUGGUGUCGAACAUCCUGGUGGAAAUGCCGUACGCGGUGCUGCUGGGCAUCAUGGUCUUCGCGGCCUUCAACUACCCGGUCUUCGGCAUCGCGUCGUCGGAGAAGCAAGGACUAGUACUGCUCCUGUGCAUCCAGUUUUUCGUCUUCGGCUCCACGUUCGCACACAUGGUGGUUGCCGCGCUCCCGGACGCCGAGACGGCCGGCGAGAUCGCCACGCUGCUGUUCUACCUGACCCUGACCUUCAACGGCGUGCUGCUGCCCAGCGUCUCGCUGCCGGGCUUCUGGAUCUUCAUGUACCGCGUCAGUCCCAUGACCUAUAUCGUCAACGGCAUCGUCACGGUCAUCAGUGGCCGCGAGGUGCGCUGUGCCCGCAACGAACUCAGUCUCUUUCAGCCGUCCCCGGGCUCCACCUGUGGCCAGUACAUGGCUCGCUAUCUCGAGGCUGCUGGCCCCGCGGGCGGCGCGUUGGUCAAUCCCGAUGCCACCGCCGAUUGUCGCUACUGUGCGUUGAGAGUGACUGAUCAGUUUCUGGGCCAGAGGGACAUCUAUGCCGGUGAUGGCUGGAGGGACUUUGGCAUCGUCUGGGCCUUUAUUGGCUUUAAUGUCUUCGCCGCCCUCUCAUUGUAUUACCUCUUCCGCGUCCGGACCUGGGGCAGAAAGUGA